AUGGCACCGAAACGGCCGCGGAUCUCUGUGGGCGUAAUGGCAGUUUGUUGCGGCGUACUGUCCCUGUCGGUGGUGGCGCGUGAAUCUGCCUCCCACAGUGAGACCGGUGCAGGUUCGCGAAAGUAUGUCGCGGUGCAUCAUCAUCCGGUGCAUCCGGGAACAUUUGCGUCCCCGGUCGAUGCACCGGACACGUUACACGGACUGGCAGGCAUGACUACACCGCUCACGCCCGAACCGAAUGCGAUCGAAAAUGAACGACAUCGAAAAACGAGAGAAACAAUUCCGCUUACACGUCCAACUUCGACCAGUGACGAAUCCCACAGCACCAGUACCAAGGCCACCACCCAAAUAAGACGCCGUCGGAUGGAGCCCAAAAUUCGAAGCCUUCCCUCGCCGCUUGUCUUUAUGCCGGCGCGUGGUCGCCGAUUUGGUGGCUUCGAAAUACCGACCGAAAAGCGACAGAUCACCAUUGAGCAGAUGCUGGAGAAGGGUGACUACUUCGUGCCGAAUCGAGGCAAAAAGGCACCCACGCCCACGGGCGAACUGAUCAAGAAGGGCACGUUCGAUGUGCUGCUGGGUGGUUCACCGGACGAGUACUUCUUUCCGAACCGGGGCAAAAAGCAGUACUGGCUGACAUACGACUUCCCGAACGGCAGAUCGGUGGUACCCGCCCGUGCCGGUUCGCCGUUCGAUGGCAAGCUGAGCAGCUACACCAUACCGAACGUACAGCAGCUUCAGCAGCCACUGGCGAGUCGAUUGCGGCGAAAUUUGCUGGAAAACCUUGCCAACGAGCACAAGGAUACGUUCUUUUCGUCGCGCGGCAAAAGACUGCUGCCAUUGACGGAGGAGUUGAUGAUCGGUCCGGGCAAUACGCUUGCCGGGGAACAGCAGGGCGAAACUAUGCAGGAAGCUUUGUCGGGCGAAAUGAUGCCGGAGUUUUCCGGCCAACCGAACGAUCUGGAUGCAUUGCUAUGGAAUCAGGAUCUGCUUCUUUCGCUAGAGCAACCCGUAAGCUAA